CAGUGUGGGUGCAGCGUUCACGUCUCUGUGGUCUCGUGAACUCCUACAGCCUCUGUUUAACCCAGCAUCUCUCACAGCUGCUGAACUGAUAUUCAGAAGCUCGCAUCUCCCAGAAGAACACUGCGGUGAUCAGAGUGCUGAUGAAUGAGCAGAUUUACCAGCCGUCCUGAUUUGAUGUUUGAAACAUCAGAAAACUCUUGCACUUCCUGUAGCAGCUUCAGAACCCGAAUCACAACCAGACACAUCGCCGGACACCCGAGGACUGUAACCUGACCCCGUCUGUGGCUUCACUGCCGCUGAAGUAAUGCCUCGAUCGUUUCUAGUGAAAAGUAAGAGGGCGGGGCAUCACUCCACACGCUCCGCCCACUCUCAGCAUGGGCAUCAUGACGGAUGGACGUCCAGCAGUCGCUCAUCGGCUCUGGAGCUGCUUCCCUGCACAUCCACCGACAGCAGCCAGACCCAAAACAGCACCGAUGGAGCUGGAGCUGGAGCUGGAGCCUGGCCUUCACCCACUGCAGCAGGGAAGCAGUCUGGAGUUUGUCCCUCAUCUGACCUGUCGUCCUCUGGAUCUGAUCUGGAGCGUCUGAUUCAGGCUUUACUCAGGCACCAUCAGCUGAACAACGUCCAGACGCCGCUGUGUGAGUGUCCGCUCUGUGAGAAGUUCCUGUCCUCUGCUGUGGGUUUGGCAUCGCACUUGUGCAAGUCACAUGACAACAGGGCUGCUCUCCCAUUGGCCGGCUCCACAGGCUGUACCCAGGAGCAUUAUGGGUACAGACCUACGGGAAUACUAAGGAUGAGAGAGCGGAGUUUCACCUGUAAGGUUUGUGGGAAGGUGUUUAAGAGGUCGUCGACUCUCUCCACACACCUGCUCAUUCACUCGGACACACGGCCGUUCCCGUGCCCCUACUGCGGAAAGAGAUUCCACCAGAAAUCUGACAUGAAGAAACAUACGUUUAUACACACAGGUGAGAAGCCUCAUGUGUGUGUGGUGUGUGGUAAAGCGUUCAGCCAGAGCUCCAAUCUGAUCACACACAGCAGGAAACACAGCAGCUACCAGCCCUUCAGAUGCUCACACUGCCCGCUCGGCUUCCAGAGGAGACUGGAUCUACAGCGCCACCUACAGACACACUCGGAGAACCACAGCGACAGACUGUACCACGGGACCUGAGAGAGACCAGCUGCACACAACACAUUGCUUUUUUACCCUAAAGUACUUCUUUAUAAUGUUUGUCAGUUUAAGAUGUUUGCACCAAAAACAUUUUUCUUCCUCCCUCUAACUUUAAUGUACAUAUCAUUGCAUUGUGAAAAUAUCAGAACAUACUGGUAAAAAAAAAAAAAAAAAAGUAGCUUUGGAUAAAAGCAUCUGCUAAAUGCAUAAAUGUAAAUGUAGAACGUCCUAUACUGUACAUUUAUGGCUUAAAUACCUUUUAUUGUUGCAUAUCAAUUGGUUUCAUAAUCACAAGGUUUCACUAUUUUUUUGAGUCAGAAUAUAUUUUUCACAUGAGCAGGAAUCAUCUUGAUGCUAAUAUGACCAUAUGGAAAACAAAAAUGUAAUUACAUGUAAAACUGGUAAAAAAAAAAACAGAUGAGAUGGACCGGUCAGAAUAGUUAUGUGUGUAAAUGCAAUGCAAAAUCCAAUCCAAUGCUACUUUGAAAAACUAGCACAAAAAUAAAAGAGGUUACCUGAUCCUGGAGAGCAAAACAUGGGAUUUGCAAAUCCAGAUCAUUCUGAUCCAGAUGAAACUCUAAACAACUGGCCCCAGAAGAUUGUAUCUUCUUUUAAGCACAAAUGAAGGAUAAAAGAUCUUUCCCAACCC